AUGAAUAAAAAGUCAGUCAAAAAACACUCCAAAAAAAUAAUGUGUGGCAUAAAACUACCUCCUAUUGAAGAAAGUGGCGAUAGUGAUAUUAAAACAAUUUUAGAUGUUGAUCCUCAUUUCUAUUCCUUAGUAGAAGGUAGACCGAUUAGAUCAAAUAAGUCAAUCAGCAAGUAUAAGCAAGACAUUCGAGAUAUAGCUUUAAAAAAAACUCUGCUUGGAUUCUUGAAGGAUGAAAUUUUACGAAUUACGAAGGAAAUUGACACGGAAAGGAAAAUUUAUAACACUACUUCGAAACAUUUUGACGAAUAUCAGCAUAGUUUUGACAAAUUUUUAGCAGAUGAUAAUAAUAAAACAAUUGCGAUAAUGCAAAAAUCCGAUAACUUAGCUAAAGAACUAUCUAAUCAAACGGAAGAGCAUAAACAAGCUAAUUUCGAGUUAGCUACCCUGAAAUCUAAGUUACAGUAUAUUGACGAGACUUUUCAGAUUUUGGUGUCUUUUCAAUGUUUUCUUCAUAAAGCUGCACCUAUUUUAUGGCAAGAAAAACAUAACAUGAACCUAAACAUUGAGCACUUGGAAAUCAUUACUAUGGAAACAGACAUUUUUAGUGAAAUUAAUAAGAAUAUAGUAAAGGAGCGCUUGAGCAAAUAUCCUUUUCCGCAACUUUAUUUUGAAAGUCCUGAACAAUUACUUCAUGUCUUCGAUCUACUAGAAAAACAAAAUUUAAACUACCUUUUAGUAACUGAGGAACUGAAUACUGAAAAAAAUAAAUUUCUUAAAUCGCUUGGAUUUUUAAAGUAUUUAAUACACAAGGAAUUGGAUUGUAUACAAGAAAAGGUUAAAGAAACUGAUGAAAUGAUUUCCUUGAACGAGAAACGUGAAGUAGAACUAAAGGAGGCGUUUUUCCGAAUAUUAGAUAAAGAAAUUCGCCAUUUGGUCUCAUCUGAAAUGGUCUUACAAAUCUUUAAUUACGUUGAAUUCGCCUACGAACAAAUAAUAGCACCGAACGAUGCCAAUCUGAGCUCUUUGGACAUGGCGUUAACUCUUGAAAUGGAAUACAAUAACUUAAUGUUAGAUUUGUCUGCAUUUGAUUUGAAUGUUAUAAAAACUAUUGAAAAAGAAACCUAUGAAAAUGAAAUUAAAGAAAUGAAACAAGCAAUACUUGCAAACAAGUUAUUAAAGGAUGUGGACAAGUUAAGCAAGCGGCUAAAGUCAUCCUACGAACCUAGGCAAUAG